AAAAAUAGGUUUCUUAUCAUGAUUUCAGUCUAUUAGUUCCUUACAUAAUUCAUUGUACAAUUAUGAGUACCUUUGUACAAUAUUGCCUAAUUGUAUUGUUCAUAAUAACUACCAUUGAAAUAAAAAAUAUUCGAGGUGCAUUCAAAAAGAAACCCCCUACAACAUUUGUUGUUGUGGACAAUUCGUAUGUUGAUCAUAUAAUUAUACAAUGUGAAUUUAAUAGGUAAAUAGGUGAGACUAUAAUUUAUGGAUGAUCUUUGAGUGACACCAAAGUGACCUUGAGAGUUUCUACCUAGUUACCAGAGCUAAAUGACGGCUAUAGUAGCAGUUUAAAGAAUAAAGAUUAUGAUUCAUUUUUUUAUCACCAACUGACAUCAGCUUAAAUGCCAAGACGCUAUUUAGCCAAAUGAAUAAAUGAAAUUCGCGCUAAAAUCCAAGAUCUGUUAUCCUAAAUCUGAUUGGUUCGUUCAUAAAUUAUAGUCUCACCUGUUUUGAUUUUCUAUCUUAGUUUGAUUCACUGAACAGUUCCUGAAUGUUUAUUAUUUUUGAGAAAAAACGUUCAUCUGAUAUCUUAGUUUAAAGGUAGUCAAAUUGUAGUUCUGUGAAUUACUAUCACCUAUACCUGGUGACAGUGGACGGAAGUUUCUUCCUAGCAUGAGACUCCUCAGGAGUGCGCAUCCACGUUUCCGCCUGCAGAAUUUGAACCCAUGACCUAUCGGUCUCACAUUCUCACGUUUAAAUUCUAUACAUAUUGAACCCUUCGAUUGAUUUCAACUUCCUUGAAAGACUCUUAACAUACUAUAUUAAGCGAGAAGAACUAGAACCUAAUCUAAUUCGACUGUAGAUUCUUAUCAUUUACU